AUGGAUGAUAAGGCAACGUUUGAUGAUUUACUUACCAAGACAAAUCUCCUCUAUACUCAAAAGGAUUGGGUAGAUCCCAAGGGAGCACUGCUUGAGGAAUACCAGAAGCUCGCAGGAGAAGUGGCUAUUCAAGACGAGUUAUCGUCAGUAUGUUAG